UGGUGCUCUCUGUAUAUAGCUCCAUUCUUUUGUAUUUUAUUUUAUUCCUUGUGUUAUUGUUUUUAAGCUCUGCAUCGUUGGGAAGGGCUCUGAGCAAAUAUUUCAUGGCUAAAGUCGAAAGCAGGUGUAUUAUGCGCAUGUGAGAAAUACAAUUUGAAUAGAUCAUACUAAUUUGAGUGUCGUGUAUUUAUGUUUACUGUUACCUCUAAUCUAUGAGACCAGGCUGGACUGCACAGCAGCCAUGUAAUCGCCCACGCCCUCCCUACUCUGGGACUGUAUCAGCCAAUGACUGUAUAUACGAAGGUAUCAGCACGUUUGGCUACUUCGCAUCUUCUUGCGGGAUAGCCUAUGCUGUAUCAGGACAGGACGUCACGGCUUUGACCUAGGGCAAAGAAGCACGAGUUACCCACUUCCAUCAGAAGUGUGCUCUUGAUAAGAGCAUCUGAACGUACUUCAGUUUACCGGGCCGAGCACGCACGAGCCAGCAGGUGCCAUGGAGUCGCAUCUCUCUGCCACCGCAUAUCUCGUCCUAGCAUUGGUCUCCACAACAUCUGGGUUCUUCUGGACUCCCCGGGGUCCUCAGAUGUACCCCUGCCUCACCUACAUGGAGCGCAACCUGCGGGUGGACUGCGAGUUCCCCGUGGAAGACAACCCUGCACACCUAGGCCCCUACUGCGAGUACAAGCAGGACAGCCGACUGGUGGGCAGCACCUACCCCAACGCUGUAUCCCUGGUGUCCACAGACAACCGAAGGAGGGCCAACGUGAGCCUGGUCAACCCCACCGUGUGUCGCCUCACCUGGGCUCCGAUGGCGGACGAUAAGCCCUACACCUACACCUGCAGGGUGUACCAGGGGUCUACCUGGAAGGAGAACAGCAUGGCUGUACACCAGCGAAUUCUUCCAAUCUGUUCAGCCCUCAGCGUGAUGUUCCAUACCGGGCUAUUUCUUCUGUCCCUUGUGAUGUCACUUCCUGUAACUACGGGUCUCCUCUCUCCCUGACCUCCUUUCAAUGUACAGAUAGCUAGAUGUUAUUACAUGUUUUUAAACAGAUAUUCAUAUCAUUAUUAUAGUACACAAUAAUAACUACAAUUUACUGAGAUCAUAGUCAAUGUGUAAUGAGUGUGAAACAGUGGUACGUUGGAGGCUGUGGCUCCAUAUUCACUGUUUUCUGACCACUUCAAUGAUCACUUCAAAAACUGAUCCAUCAGACUAGAUCUUAUUCUGUAUGAUCUAUUCUCUAUACUUUAGGCUUUGCUUUUGGGGUGUCAGGUGAGAAUCCUAUCAAAACUAUUUCUUUAUAUCAGUCAAACUUUCAGAACUUUCAGGCUCUUAUCAGCCCUUUGGCUCAGGGAUGCUAGUACUGGAAUGGGUGGUCAUGUCCUAAAGAGAUUCACAAUGGCUAUGUUUACACAGGCAGUCCAAUUUUGAUAUUUUUCCACUAAUCGUUUUUUUUUAAACAAUCAGAUUAUUUCAUAGCAGCCUUUGUGUAAAUCAGCCUUUUUGGGGGGGGGAAUACAGCUUUAAUAUUGCUGAAAGAUUGUGGCUUCCGUCAAUGUAAUUGUCUGCAUCAUUUCCAAUCCCCCUUUUUUGUAAAUAUUAUCCGUUAUUAUUUUACCCUAACACUACCACCCCUCCCCUAAUUUGAGUAAACUAGUGGACAACAACACUUAGGCAUCUACUUCCAGUUUAUACACACUAUAUACAUUUUACGGACACAGUAUAUUUUAUAAUAGUUAUAUUUUGUUUAUUUUUCUCCCAUCCUUCAGCUACCCUCAACUCCUCCCAUCUAUCUCUAAAGACCAUCCAGUUUAGAUUUUUUAUUUGCCAUAUAAUUUUAAACUGUGCUGCUUCACAAAAGUUCUGAACCUAUAUAUAUUUUACGGACACAGUAUAUUUUACAAUAGUUGUCUUGUCUCUUCACAGCAAAAUCUGCAGAGCUGGGAUGGUUGUAUAAUAAUUUCAAUUAUUUAACUAAGUUUUGAAUCCAGCGUCAUUUUAUGUAUCAGUUCAUGAACCAUGAAUUCAUUAGUCCUAUGGAUUUUACAUGCCUCGGCAGGUGCACAGCCAUGUGUGGGCCUGGGAGGGCAUAGGCCCACCCAGUUGGGAGCCAAGCCCACACACUGGGGAGCCAUGCCCAACCAAUCAGAAUACGUUUUUCUCCACAAAAGGGCUUGAUUACAGACAGAAAUACUCCUCAGUUUCAUCAGCUGUCCAGGUGGCUGGUGGCUGGUCUCAGACGAUCGCGCAGGUGGCGUGGUUACACGUGGUGUGCGGCUGUGAGGCUAGUUGGAUGUACCGUCUAAUUCUCUGUAAUUACGUUGGAAGCGGCUUAUGGUAGAGAAAUUAACAUUAAAUUAUCUGGCAACAGCUCUGUUGGACAUUCCUGCAGUCAGCAUGCCAAUUGCAUACUCCUUCAAAACUUGAGACAUCUGUGGCAUUCUUUUGUGUGACAAAACUGCCCAUUUUAGAGUGGCCUUUUAUUGUCCACAGCACAAGGUGCACCUGUGUAAUGAUCAUGCUGUUUAAUCAGCUUCUUGAAUGCCACACCUGUCAAGUAGAUGGAUUAUCUUGGCAAAGGAGAAAUGCACACUAAUAGGAAUGUAAACAAAUUUGUGCACAACAUUUGAGAGAAAUAAGCUUUUUGUGCAUAUGGAACAUAUUAGAUAUUUUAUUUAAGAUAAUGAAACAUGGGACAAACAUUUUACAUGUUGCUUUGAUAUUUGAUAUUUUUGUUCAGUGUAUAUUUUUUGCUCCGUAAAUGAAACUGGUAUACUUUUUUUAUUCAUUACAAUUUUCAUUAACCAAUUUUGGUCUUUAAUGAAGGGGCGACAGACAAGUUUGCAAACACAGCCUUUGUGAAUCUCUUUAGGACAUGAUCACCCAUUCCCAUGGUAGUAUCCCUGUAGCAUUGAGAAGAUAGUGGGGGGGUGAAAAGUAAGGCCAACACUACCGUAAUCAGAGUGUGUAUUUGGCUCACAGCCCCGGAUUCUGGGGCACUUAAAGCUGCAGUAUUGUAUGUAACUUUUUGGGUGACCCAACCAAAUUCACAUAGAAAUGUGAUAUGUCAUUCUCAUUAAAAGUAUAAGAAACUGUGGAUCUGUUCUAUGUGCGCUAUUUCUAUGCGUCCCGUGCUUAAGUUUCUUUUUGUAUCUUUUACGUUUGGUUUUGUACACCAGCUAUAAAGAGCUGAUUAUACAUUAUUUUUGUACUUGAAAAAAAAGAAAAAUCGCAGCAUUUUAGAUGGUACAAUGAUUAUCAACACUUGUUUUUGCACAUAAACUGAAAUUAGGGCAACUAUUAUAAUUUUAGUAACCAGGAAAUGGCAGAGUGAUUUCUGCCUAUUUUACCUUUAAGGAUUUCCUCUGAAUUACCAUUAAGAUAAUGGAUGAAAUGGAAAUGAAAGUUGGAAGUUGACAAUCCCAUGCUAUUGAUUGGCUAAGAUAUUUACAUGUCAGGUGGUAUGUUGUAACUAUUCAAUAAUUGGUUGAUGAUCAACUCUUGCCUUUUAUUUCAAUCUCAAAGUAUUAAGAAACCUUUCAUAGAUGCAAAGAAAUCUGAUGCUCUCUCUAGUUGGAAGGUUUUGUUUAUAUUUUCUCAUUCCCACAUGUUCUUGUAGAUUUCACACAGUAGAAGCUUGAGCUCAGCUAAAUUGUAUAUCAAAGGAAACAUUACACUUCGUGAUAUCCCCUGUAUUGCAUAAUUACCGAUGGCUGAUUAGCCUUUGAAAGGUCAAGACAUGUCAUGACUGUGUUAAAUGUUUUGAUAUUCAGCUUCACAUGGCACAUUCUUAGUUAUUGUAAUGAUGUAUUAAAUCCAUAGGCAACAAAUAUAUUCAACAUUUUGUAAUGUUAUUUUUUAGAAAAUUAUUAAGUGGAAUUGCUUACAGAUGUAUCUUGCCAAAAAAUGAUUGAUCAAAUUGUACUUUCACUGCACCAUAACAUUAUUUUGGAAAUAAUUCUACAGGUUAUUACAAGUUAAAGCCUUUCAUAUGCUUUGCAGAUGUACAAAUUCUUGUUGCAAUUUAUUUUAGGACUCAUCAUGGAGGUCAUUCUAGAUCUUUGUCCUCAAAAAAACCUCCAAUCACUGUGAAUGAGAUCAGAGUCUAGAAGACCACGCUGAAAUUGAGGCUGGUUUAGGACAAGCCCAAAUUAUAGAAAAGCUAUUUAGAUCAUAAGAUCAGGUGGUGAACGAAUGAGAUAGUUAUGGUAGUCAAAUCAAAUUAACUAACUAAAUGUUUCGGGACAAGAAAAUGACUAACUGAAAAUAGCACUUGAAAUGGACCAGGGUUUUCUGAUACACACUACCAUCACGUGUCCUGAUAGGAGUUAGUCAGUUGAUAGUUUGUUGAUGUUAGUGUAUGGUAUGUGCAGAAUGAAAAUAACAUGUAGAUGGGUUAAAUAUGUCUAGUUGAUGAUGUCAUUAGCUGCUUCCCAUUCUCUUCCUGUUUAAUUCGAAUGCUCUUAUUGCUCCCACGCACAGCUCCCACUGGCACUGCACUAGCUAUUUGCACAUGCUUCAAGUGCCUGGGCUUUUUGAACGCUGCGUUAUUGUUCACAUCAGUAUCUGUGUCCUUGCAGACAAUUCUGCUUCUCUUACACGACACACCUUACUUUAGCACAUAUCCUAUGUGCUGUACCUUUUUGUUUUUGUCACUGUAAUACGAGUCUAGUCUUCCAUGCACUGAAAUCUCACUAGUUUGACUGCUUUGCAAAGUGGGAUUUGUGAAUGUGAUGUGGACACAUUAGUUUGCCAAACCAGUGUUUUCUCUCCUUUCUUUCUUGCCACUGAAUGUGUACAAAAUGCAAUAGCCAGAAAUAAAGGUUUAACAGUAAAAAAUA